GCAGGAAGCUCUGUGCAGGGGAGGACUUGGCCCGGGGAGAAAUGAGCCCCCGGGGAGAAGGGGAGAGAAGGCGUCCCCGCCCACGCCUGCCCUGUGCCUCUUCCCGGCCUGGGAGACCUCGGCCGCCUGGGAGGGGUCAGUGCCCUCCCACAGCCGGCCUCCGAGGUCAGCCCAGGCCAGGGAGAUGGUCUUCUGCAAAAUCAGCCUUUCUUUUCCUCUCCAGCCAGAUGGCCCGGCCGCUGUCCACCCCCAGCCCUUCACAAAUGCAAGCCAGGAAGAAACGCAGAGGGAUCAUAGAGAAACGGCGCCGGGACCGCAUCAACAGCAGCCUUUCUGAACUGCGGCGCUUGGUCCCCACUGCCUUUGAGAAGCAGGGCUCCUCCAAGCUGGAGAAAGCCGAGGUCCUGCAGAUGACAGUAGAUCAUUUGAAAAUGCUCCACGCCACUGGUGGGACAGGAUUCUUUGAUGCUCGAGCCCUGGCAGUCGACUUCCGGAGCAUCGGUUUUCGGGAGUGCCUUACUGAGGUCGUCAGGUACCUGGGGGUCCUGGAAGGGCCCAGCAGCCGUGCAGACCCGGUGCGGAUUCGCCUUCUCUCCCACCUCAACAGCUAUGCAGCCGAGAUGGAACCUUCACCCACGCCCGCUGGGCCCCUGGCCUUUCCUGCCUGGCCCUGGUCCUUCUUCCAUAGCUGUCCAGGGCUAUCUGCCCCGAGCAGCCAGCUCGCCAUCCUAGGAAGAGUGCCCGACCCCAUCCUCCCUAGCACCUCCUCUCUGGCUUACCCCAUCCCAGCCUUCAGAACCACUCCCUUGCGCAGAGCCACUGGCACCAUCCUGCCAGCCCGGAGGAAUUUGCUGCCCAGUCGAGGGGCCUCUUCUACCCGGAGGGCCCGACCCCCGGAGAGGCCAGCUGCACCCCUGCCCCCCAGUGGCAGGGCUGCCGGGAGCAGCCACAUGGCACCCCUCCUGCGAUCUUCUUCCCCCGCCCCUCCUGGCAUUGUGGGGUCUCCUGCUUAUGUGGCUGUUCCUGGGUCUUCCCGGGGGGCAGCUGGGAGGCCAGCAGGAGCUGUGCUCUGCCACUCUUGGGUCUCUGAAAUCACUGAAGUCGGGGCUUUCUGAGCUGGCUUUGCCCCCCAGGAAUGAGGAGAGUUAUUUUUCCAGGAGCUCUACAAAUGGUGUUGCCUUUUCUGCUCUGCUUUCUGGACUGGUUCAUAUAUGAAGGUGUCUUCUUCACCCAGCAGAGGCCCCCUUCUCCUUGGGCCCCUCUCCCCUCCUCACUGCUUGUCCCAGCUUCUCCUGGGGCUGUUCUGAUCUCAGAAGCUUGGUCUCAUUAUUUUCCCUGGAGAGAUGAGUCCCAGGAGAGUCCCCCAAGAGCUGUACCCAGACCCCUCUCCUGCUCCAGGACACAUGGGCAGUAGGCAUUAAUCUCAGGUUGGGGAACAACGCUUUAACCCAAAAGGCACAAUGAUCUAAGGCACGCUGCUCCCCUAGAGAUCAGACCCCAGCCAAGAGCAGUGACUGCCUGGCUGCAGCCUUCCCAGGCCUCCAGGGGCCGGAACAUAGUGUCUGUCUCACUUCCUGAGGCAGUAACCACACGGGGCCACAAAGAGGUCUCCUGGGAACCCUGUCUGCCCCAGCCCACCUGUCUCCCGCCCACUGCAGUGAACCCGGAACAGACCUGCUGUCCACCACGGCCAAGGCUGGGGACUGGGAGCCCAGCAGGGCCCGUUCCCGCCCUCUUGCCAGCUGCCGACACCAACCCUC